AUGACGGCCACUGUCAAAGACAACAAGAGGAGAGACAACUUUGGCACUUGGGAGAGACACAGAAAGUGGAGUGUUUACCACGUGGGGUGGUUCAGCACAGAAAGCCUCUGGAGCACCACAGGCGAGUUAGAAGAUGUGAGCGAAACCCCGUCCCUGCCCGUCCAGCUCCGAAAGCUUCAGGAACAACUUUAUCAUCUGCGCUGGAGUGCCGAGGAUGUCACCGAGCGGGCUCUACAAGAAGGACUGAAGCAGGCAAAGGUCCCAGGCUUUACUGGACGGGCUGUUCAGGAGAUCAUCAAUCAAGCCCUGAAGAAGCUGGAAGAAAUCCAGGUCCCGAUGCCGGAUUACGCCCUGAAAUCAGCAGGGGCAGCCGUCAUUCGUUCCAGGACUUCUCCAUCACUCCGGGAUGCCAAAGCAAAAGUCUUCCUGUAUUCGCUGCCAGUGAUAUAUUACAUGAGGUCUCCUGAGCUUAUUCUGGAGCCAGAAAAUCAUCCUGGCAACUGCUGGCCCUUUCCAGGAAGUCAAGGACACGUCUUCAUCAGGCUGUCCAUGCCGGUCAUUCCCAGAGCCGUCACCAUGGACCAUGUCUCAGGGACAGCGUUCCAUGGAGAAAGCAUCUCCGGAGCUCCAAAGGACUUUGCUGUCUACGUAAGUGAUUUCUCUGGAGUGGGGGGCAGGGGUUGCACAGCAUUGCUAAGCAAGGGGUGAAGAUGGGUCAAACAGUCCAGUGGCCUGAAGCCUCCUCCCAUCUCUCAGAAGAAAGAGGCUCCUUGGAGUCGCUCCCUUCCCAUCGUAUUCCUCUUUUAUUCAAUGUACCACUCAAAGCUUCUGGGGCAAGAUGCUACGCCAGGAGCCACAGGGAAAAGGAGCUGGACAGUACAUGGUCCUAGACCUUCUUGACUUCCAGUCCCAGUGGCUUUUGUGAUCCUCAGGUCACCUCCCUCUCACUGGGAGCAUCUGCUCCUUUUCUGACUGCCAGCUUGGACUCGUUGAGUAGGCAAGUGUGAUGUGCUGCCCACCUGCAGCUUCUCGUCUUUUCCUUGUGCUCAUCAUCCUUGGACUAUGCAGCUGAAAUAACCCCGUACUUCAUUGACUGAAGUUCAGUCUCCCAUGGUGCACCAGACGCUCUUGUUUUCUCCACCCCUGUCUCUCUGUAGGGCUUCAAGGAAGAACACGAGGAGCAGGGAACGUUCCUGGGACAGUUCACUUUCCUGGCGGCACUGAAUCCCAGUCAGACCUUCCAGCUGAAGGUAUGGGGACACAGGGAGGAGAACUGCAGGAGAGGAGGAGAAAUGCGGCUGGAUGGGGAGAGGCUUCCCUGCCAAAGGGCACAGGCAGCCCUGACCUGAGCGUGUGCCACGCUGGCCUUUCUUCUGCUUCAACUUCCUGGUGGCGGAUGAUUGGACUGCCGCUCUUCUUCUCUUUCAUUUUGGGUGCUUAGUGCUUAGAAGCUGGAAUCAGCUUGACUGUCUGGACCCCAAGUGCACACAUCCCAUAGGAUGCACGACUGCUGUUCUGCCAGUUAAAGACCAGAAAUACUGGGCUUCCUGAGGGCUCAGUUGGUGCUGGCAGUGAGCAGUGACAGGGAGGCCAUUCUGUUUCCAUGGCUUUCUAGAGAAGGCAACGAGACAUUAUACUGACACCAGCCCUGGGUCUUCUGACUGUGGAAGCCUGUGCCCCAAAGCAGGCGAGAGCUUUCCAGUGUAUUUGCUGAGGCAUCUGGUUGCUGCUUCUUCCUUGGCUGUUCUCGUGGCCCAGUGGGGUAGAGCAGGAUAAGAAC